GAGUACACGCUGGGUAGAGUAUUGGGCAAGGGCGCCUUCGCGAAGGUGCACAUCGGGCGCCUCAUCAAGAACAGCAAGGUCGAGCGCGCCGUCAAGGUCGUCGACCUCAAGGCGCUCAACACUUCGGACGUCGAGGCGCUCGACUGCGAGAUCAAGACGAUGCGGCGCGUGCAGCACCACAACAUCGUCAGCCUCUACGACUGCUACCUCUACCACGACAAGUUCAUCAUGGUGCUCGAGCUCUGCAAGGGCGGCGAGCUUUUCGAUCGAAUCGUCUCCAAGGAGCACUACAGCGAGAAGGAGGCGCGGUCCUGCUUCGCGCAGAUGGUCGAGGCCAUCGGCCACUGCCAUUUGCACGAGGUCGUGCACCGCGACCUCAAGCCCGAGAAUUUGCUGUACCAGGACCGCGUGGGCACGCCGAACGCGGACGUGCUGAAGUUGGCGGAUUUCGGGCUCGCGAGCCUCCUGUCGCCGGACCACCACCUGUCGACGGCGUGCGGCACGCCGGGCUACGUGUCGCCGGAGAUCCUGACGGCGUCCAAGGGCAAGGGCUACGGCAAGGAGUGCGACCUCUGGUCCCUGGGCGUCAUCCUCUACAUCCUGCUCUGCGGCUACCCGCCGUUCUACGACGAGAACAACAACAACGCGGUCAUCUUCAAGCAGAUCAAGGCGGGCGCGUUCGCCUUCGCGGACCCCUACUGGACCGACAUCUCCCAGGAGGCCAAGGACCUGGUGACGGCCUGCCUCACGGUGGACCCGGAGAAGCGCGUCACGUGCGAG